AUGUGUCUAUUCGUUACAGCCUCGGUCGCCCCGUCCUCUCCGUGCGCCUCCCUGCGGGUCAGCAGCAUCGUUUCACGCUGACGCCGAUGUUGACCACGGUGGGUGACCUGCUGCGUGACAUCACAGCCAAGGACGCCAGCGUGCACACCGUUAGCCUGCUCAACGGAGACGGACAGAGAAUCUCCUCGUGCACCUGCAUGGAAACUGUUUUACACAAAGAUUUUCAACUGGUCAUCAAUGACGUCACACACAACGUUUGCUCUUUUGGACAAGGGUCGUCCCAUGAACACAUGCUCGGUCCCGAUGAUAUGAAGUACAUCGUCCACCUGCUGCACUCGGCUCUGAGUCUUCCUCAACAGCGACUCAUCAAACACAGAGAGCUGCAACUCCGACAGGAAGAGCUGCGACUGGAGCUGCAGCCGCUGGAGACGUUGAGAGUGGAGAUGGCGCGGGAGGCAGACACCAGAGCCUCAGUCCUGGGCUGGGUGGGGCUGGCCUACCUGUCCCUGCAGGGAGGAUUCCUGGGUUACCUCACCUGGUAUGUGUUUGCGUGGGACGUCAUGGAACCAGUCACCUACUUCAUCACCUACACCACUAGCAUGAUCUUCUUCGGCUACUACAUCCUCACCAAACAGGAUUUCAUCUGUCCGCAGGUGAGGGAUCGUCAGUCCCUUCACUUCUUCCACCAGAAAGCUUCUCGACAGAAGUUCAACGUUCAGAAAUACAACGAGCUGAAAGACGAGCUGGCGAAGGUCGAGGCGGAUCUCAGCAGGUUGAGUCGAGCCCUUCAGCUGCCGGUGGCUCAGACUCAGAGCUCCACCUGAGACUGUUUGUUUAAUUCCCUUUCUUGCGACGUUAAAUGUCAUUUUUGCACAUUUUUG